AUGAACUUAUGGUGGACUGCGUUGAUAGCAUGUUGGACGAGUUGUUCCGCCGAUUGGACUUAUUCGCUCCGACGUGACAUGGCUUGGGCCGGACGUCAUGUUAUGUUGUUCUCUGUGGGUACCAAUCAUUCCACGUUCCAUAUGGAAAAUCAAACUAAAGAGCUCGUCAAUGAUGAUAAGAAGUUCGCCGUGGUGAUGGAUGUAUCGCAAUUAAGAUUAGAUGACUUGAAGGUGCAGGUGGAAGGCCAUAACCUUCUCAUCCAUGGCCACGGAGAGAUGAAGACCGAUCACGGUCAUAUCAGGAAGAGCUUCGUAAGCAGAUGGACCCUUCCCAAAGACUGUGAUCUGGAUGUCGCAUAUUCCCAAAUUGACAACGAUGGUAACCUCUCUAUAGAGAUUCCAAAGAACGGCCAUGACAACAACACAUGA